AUGCUGCGUAUCGUUUCAGCUGUGACAGUAUGUACUAUUCUGGCCGCGCACAUACCUUCGAAGGCGCUCGGAGCUACUUUGGCAGAGGGGCUAUUUAAGUUUUUUCAAGCUCUUGAAGAGAGAGACGUUGUUUACACCACUAAGGCUUCCUACCAGCAGAGACAAUCCCGAGUAGACUGCGUGAUGCGUACUAAAAUAAGUUCAGACGACAAGGUAGUAAGAAUGUGCAUGCGAAGUGAAAUAAACAGCCUACGACUAAAACCGUUUCUUGUUAAGAUCACAUAUAGACGAACCAAGAAGUGCGACGUCGUCACUGAGGGGUGGAGCAGCGGCAAAUAUACACUGACCGUCCAUUUUGUCGGAGAAGCGUGCGUUGUGUAUUCAGUCAAAGAAAUGCCACCAUUGACACCAGGCAAGAGAGCAUGUGGUAUUUGGCGUAAAAAUAUUGGUUCUACUGUGCCGGAUGACGACGAAUGCCAAGGGAACGCCACUCAAGUGUGUGGCUCACAAUGGCGUUCUAUUUCGAGUCGUGACAAGUGUGUCAGAGUUCCAACUCCUGAGUGCAAAGACUAUCAAGACACGUGA